UCAAAUGGCGUGCUAAUAUAUUAAAUUUUAAGGCGCAGUUUGACUAUAAUAUUCAAAUGUUUUCUACUACACCACCGCUAUAUAUACCAUGUUCAGCUGCUGUUUCCUGCACAGCUCUUCACUUCUUCUCUAUUGUAAUUCACUUAACUUUUCAACUAUUCAAGGUAAAUAUGGGUAUCUCCAACUAUUUCCAUGAACUCAAAACUAAUGUUUCUCACAAGAGGCUGUUCAAGGCUUUGAUCACCGAUAACCACGAUGUUUUGCCGAAAGUCUCCCCUUCCAUCAAGAGCAUUGAGACAAUUGAAGGAGAUGGUGGUGCUGGAAGUGUCAAAAAGACAAACUUUUCUGAAUCUGAAGGGUCUCACUUCAAGCACAUGAAGACCAAGGUCGACUCCUUGGACAAAGAAAACUACGUGGCCAAGUUCACUUUGGUUGAGGGAGAUGCACUUGGUGACGAGCUUGAAAAGGUAUGUUACGAUAUGAAAUUCGAGGACUCAAAGGAUGGAGGAUGUGUCCUCAAGAUCACCAGUGAGUAUCAUUCAAAGGGUGAUAUUGUACCUAAAGAAGAGGAUAUUAAAGCAGCCCAGGAACAUACUAUGGGACUCUACAAGUCUUGUGCAGAUUACCUGAUUGCCAAUCCUCAUGUUUGUGUCUAAAUAAUUUCUAGUUAUAUUUCCGAUUUUCAGUAUUUCCUUAAUAAAGAACUUUGUUCUACUCUUCCAUUGAAGUUUGUUCUUAUCCAACUGUUAUCAAAAUUUAUGGUACAACAUUAAGAUGAAAUUUUAGCAAGGUUCAGGUCUUUGCCUUAAUAAAGCGAAUUUGUUUGUUUA